UUUUUCAUCAGGAGACCUGAUUAGAAUUUUCAAUAAAAAUACCUCUAUCGAGGAUAUGAACUUUAAUCAAAGUAAUCGAAAUCUACUGAAUAAAUCGACAUACCAACUACCACGGCAGAAGAGUUGUGCAGUCGUUGGCAACAGUGGAAUUCUACUUAACAGCUCGUGCGGGGAAGAAAUUGACUCCAACGAUUUGGUUAUCCGCUGUAAUAUUCCAGAUGUUUGGAAUUAUAUAAAAGACGUUGGGAACAAAACGGAUAUAAAUAUUAUAUUCCAGAGAACGAUGAGAGAUCUAUACUACCUGCUGACAAAUGGAACCAUCGCUCAUUACAUGCUACCCACGCGUUUGCACAUUGUUAAUAACACAAUAUUAUGGUAUCCAGAAAGUUUUCGGAGUGAACGAGUUACCGCAAAUACAGCAAAGGUUGCUCUGAGGUACCUGAAAUACAAUAUGCAUCUUAACUUUCAAUUCGCUAUUUCAGCUACCCAUGGAUUCACCGGCAAUCUCGGAAGAUCAAUAAAGGUAGCGAGACCCACAACUGGAAUGAGAGCUAUAGUUGCUGCACUAAGUCUCUGUGAAUAUGUCAAUGUUUUUGGAUUUUACCCAUAUGUUUUUGAUCAGAAUGGCAACAAAGUGUUAUAUCAUUACUACGGAACUAAUAGAACAAUAGAAGAUUUCGUUUCGAGCCACGAUUACUCUAAUGAGUUUGCAAUAUUACAACAAUUACACAGUAACAAUGUUUUAAGAUUAGUUACAGGCAAAGCCAAAGCGAAGACGAUUGCUUUGGUUCCGAUUCACAAUGAAGUAACCAUAUAA